AGUGCACGUGGCCCAGUGAGUUCCGCUCCAGCACGUGGCGCUCGAACAGACAUGGCGUCCUUGCGUUUACGACCCGCAACAUGACGGGAUGGUCUUUCACGGUGGACGGACAGACAAUUUCGACGUGGCAGUGCACGAAUGGCGACCUUUUUCAGACGGAGGGGUAUCUCAUGAUGAGGUCGGAAACGAAUUUCACCCAGUUUGUGACGUCAACGUACUGGGCAUAUCUGUGCAUCAGAUUGGAGAAGGUUACUCUCAACUCUUAUAGAUACUAUGUAGAAGAACCUCCACAGUUUAAGAUAGGAAAUGAACGUUUCAAACUCUAUCCAAAUUCAACGUUAUCAUCGAAGGCUGAUAUUUGCCAUCCUGAAUACGGAGCCGUGGGCUCGGAGUACGCAGUUUUGAUCAGGACCGGAAGCGAAGGUUCAGUAUCCAUCAAGUGCCCAUGGACGUCACUGGGACGCUAUGACUACACGUAUAUGACGUCAGAUGACCUAGUCACGUGUGAAGGGAAGGGCGAUUCUUGGAACUUGUGUGUGGACGAGACGAGAAUGGUGUUUAAUCUAGUAUCUUGUUCUACACAAAUUGUUCAUGGUAAGUGA